CUAAUGAAUUGAAUAAAACAUUUCUAAAAUGGUAUCGACCAAAUAAUGAAAACGAAAAUGCUGAAUAUCGUAAGCAAUGUAAUGAAGCAGAUGAGCACAAUAGUUUAUAUUUCAAAUCAAAAACAAAAGCAUCAAAUACUUCAGCACAUUUACUUACAAGUAAACGUUUAGAUGUAAAAGAUCUUGAAUUUUCGG